AUGCUCCCAUCUCCUCGUGAAUUCGACAAAGCUGAUAUGAGUAGGUCUGAUACCCAAACCACGAAAUCAACUAUUAACAAAUUAACACACCCUGCAAAAACAAACAAUAAAAAGUAAUCCUUAUCCAAACAUUCAACAUUAUAUUCAUUCUUUCAAUAUGUGUACAAACAAUAAAAGUACAAGCGCCAAUUUGAUAGAUUCCUCUCUGAUGAAUCAUCUGUUGCUGAUAGAAAUAUUAACCAAAUUAAUAGUCAAAUCUUGAAAAAGCAAAGCUUAUUGAAAAAAAGACAAUAGAAAUGA